AUGGCGUCUCUUAUGAGAACUUCAACCAUGUCGCUGCUGCUGCUACUGUGUCUGGUGGCUAUUAUGAAGGCAGGAAUUGCGGCCCCUCAACAUCCAAGAUGCCCAAGUACUGAGGAUAGGAGUUUACCUCCGUACGUGAAGGUCAACCUAAAUGUCCUCAAUCGAAAAACGAAUGCCAAAAGACCCUUAGAUUACCACAACCGAUCCACCUCACCUUGGAAUUUCCACCGCAACGAGGACUCUGAGAGAUUCCCUCCUAUCAUCUGGGAGGCCAAGUGCCGCCACUUGGGCUGUGUGGAUGCCGAGGGGAAGGUGGACCACCACAUGAACUCCGUCCCCAUCCAGCAAGAGAUCCUGGUCCUGCGAAAGGAGCCUGGCCACUGUGUCCACUCUUUCCGAUUGGAGAAGAUGCUGGUAGCUGUGGGCUGUACCUGUGUCACGCCCAUUGUCAGUCAUGUGGCUUAA